AUGCCAGCAUACCACAUUAACAGCAUCUCCUACAAGAUCUUUACAGAAGCACUAUCACGCUACCCGGCCACCGUACCAGACAAACUACGCAACCUUGACACCCAACGCUACGAAACCAUACCCGCCACAGCGAUCUGCGAAGAUGGCAGUGCAAAUCUUACAAAGAGCAUGGUUGAAACAUUAGUCGAGUGGAAACUCGUGCUGAACAUCACGACUGCGGCUGCGGAAGUCGCAAAGACCGCGGCGGUUGCAGAUGUGCAGGCUGGGCUUAAGCUGCUCACGCAGCUUAGGGGGGUUGGGCCGGCGACGGCGUCGUUGCUGCUGUCUGUGCUGCGUCCGGCCGAUGUCCCGUUUUUCUCGGACGAGCUGUUUCGCUGGUGUGUUUGGGGGGAGGCGGAUGGGGAGGCGGGGUGGAGGAGGGGGAUCAAGUAUACGGCGAAGGAGUAUGGGGUGGUGGUGGAGAAGGUCGGGGAGUUGAGGAGGCGGCUGGGGGUGCAGCGGGUGCAGGCUGUGCAUGUGGAGAAGGUGGCGUGGGUGUUGGGGAAGGAGAGGGUGGAUGUUGGGGGUGGGGUGGGAGAAGAGGGCGGAGAUGAUGGGUUUGGGGGCGAGGAGUUGGCUGGGGAAGGAAAGCGUGCUGUGGCGGAUGAGGUUGGGGGAAAGAGGAGGAUGCAAGACUUGGAGGACGAGAAUGCGCCGCCUAAAAAGAUGCCCAAGAAGACUGUAAAGUCGAAGGAAGUCAGUGUAGGUACGAGGAAAAGUACGCGCAUGAAGAAGUAA